AUGGCCCCGCUCAACGACCUCCAAACCGCCUUCCUUGCCAGCCUCCCCACCUUCGACUCCACUAACACCUCCUUCCAUGCCGCAAGCUGCCACUGCGGAGCCAUCCAAUACACCGUGACCCUCUCGCCACCGCUACCACUCCAAAAAGUCGGGAGCUGCAACUGCACCAUCUGCACUAAGAACGGCUAUCUACUUUUAUACCCCCGUCGCCAAGAUGUGGUCAUUCACCAAGGCGAAGAAGCGUUGAAGUCGCACAGCUUCGGGCAAAAGCAAUUGCUCCAUAGAUUCUGUGGCGCGUGUGGGAGUAGCGUGUGGCAUGAUCCGAGGUUGAAGACGUUGGGAGAAGAGAUGCCGGAUCUUUUGGGUUUGAAUGUCCGCAUGCUGAAAGGUGUAAAGCUGGAGGAAUUGGAUAUCGUGGCGUUUGAUGGGUACGGGAAUUAUCCGUUCAUCGGAGAUUCAGCACAUCUGCAGGAGGUGACUACACCAUAG